AUGGACCCCUCCUCGGCCACGAAAGCCACCCUCAAAGCGCUGGGCUGGUGCGCCGUCCUGCUGCUGCUGGCGGCCUCCGCCACCAUCUCCGUGGCCGUCAUGGUGUGGCACUCGGAAGCGGCCCGGCAGCUGAAGGGGUGCCAGGCAACGGCCACCAACGAGUCGGGGGCCCUGGCCAACAGGCUGGCGGAGCUGGAACGGGCUCGAGCCGAGCAGGCGGAGGAAGUGGCCAGGCUGGCUCGGAGGGAAGAGGAGCUUCGGCGGCAGCUCAGCCAGGCCACGGAGGGCCGGGAGAGGCUCGAAGCCACCUUGACGGGCUGCCGGGAGAACGUGACCCUGUUGGACGCCAGCACGUUGGCCCUGCACAACGAGGUGUUUGCUUUGCAGGCAGCCGGCACAGAGACGGACAGUCAAAAUGGUGCCCUGAAGGCGGAGCUGGCCCAAUGGGAGGCACAGGUGGCCCACCUGGAAGGGCGGCUGGAGGAAGCCGAGCGAGCGCAGGCCACUGCCGAGGCCCAGAAGGGGGACUGCGAGGCCAGGCAGGAGGCCAUCCAGGAAAGCCUCCACGGCUACCAGGCCGAGAUCGCUUCCCUGCAGCGCCGCCUCAGUGCCCGCCCCUCUACCCAUCGCAGGUGCCCCCCCUUCCGGAAAGGCUGA